AUGAGUGAGCUGCUUAAGCUUUCGCCGUUUCAAACUGUCUUUAGAGAGUUGUGUGAAAAAAUGUGUUUCGAUACGUUUAUGAAAGUUUACAGCAUCAGUGGCAGUGUUUUAACCACUUAAACUCAGUUCAUUUUAGGCAUUCGUGGGAUCAUGUCAAUGAGCGAUCCUUAUCGGCCGCGUCGAUCCUCUCUCAGUAGUUGUACCAGUAGCGCUUCGGUAGUUCUUGCGCCGUUUCGUUUGUGGAAACAGAAACAACGUGUUCACUACCACAAUGAUAUACCAGGAGAUGUGCAUAACAAAAAUCAAGCGGCUAACAAUACCGAUUAUUUUUACAAAACCAUCGAGAUAAAGCCAAGAUCUGCCUCUACGCCAGUUGCCUUAUCUACACCCUCCUACAAUCAGUCUACACAAUCGAAACGACUCGCACGUACACCCUGCGAUCAGUGCGGUUACCAUAACGUGCCCAUUAUGGCACAUCCCAUCUCGCCACUAGUACGUUCACAAACGAAUUUGGAGCUGGUCAGCACGGGUAAUGCGCGGCAGGCUUUGUUGCCGACCAUUGAGUUGCCGAAAAUCGAGAUAGAGAAAAAUGGUAAACAUGAAAAGCAAGAGAAGUAUUCGAAUGGAGCGUUGCAGAGCAACAAUGCGAGCUUACAAACACUACAAGUAUCACGGCGACCAUCCCUGCUGCUACAGGAUAUAUUGACGCAACGGCCAUCAGCGUUGUUUCACGGCAAGAAGGAGACUAACGGACAUGCGUCGAAAAGUCCUUACGGUCGAUCUCUCGCGGAUACCGCCGCCACAUCUAUGGUCACUAUCAAUGCACAUGGUGAUCCCGAAGACCGUCAUUAUGCCGCAAAACAGUCACAAGUCCGAAAUCGUCGUAAGGGCAAUGACGCCUUGAGCUCGGCUCUCUCUGCAUUUUAUUGUAAAAUUCUAGUCUUAAUGGGCGUCUGUUUGCCCAUCACAGAAGUGAUAUCUCAUCAGAUACCAAAUUAUGUUUAUCAAGGAUUCUAUGUAUAUUUGUAUAUGGGCAGUAUACUCUUUGUUGCUUUCCUAUAUGCGACAACACUGCGAAAUCGUACGCUCUUCAAUGCGUUGAAAAACUUUCAUGAGGAAAACCACAACGUUCACUUAAAACACAAAGUUACACAUUUCGGCAGUUUCUACCUGCGUGUCGGCGCCAUUGCCUUUGCAAUCGGUACAAUGGUUUAUUCGGGCUUAGAGUUCGGCCAGUAUUUCGAAUUGAACGGCAAGUCUGGUUGUGGCGAUGUCUUCAUUGCAAUCACACCGAUUUGUCGUAUGAUACUCGCAAUUGUCCAAAUACAAUUUAUAUUCCUCAACACGACAUAUAUGGAUAUGGCUAGACAUAAGGUGAUCUGCCGUUUCGGUUUGAUGCAUAUGGUGGGAACAAACCUGUGCGAGUGGUUGUAUGUAUUGGUAGAAGAAACGAAACACGAAAUCUAUCACAUUGGUCAUCACGAAAAGGACGAAACUACGGAGCCGAUAUUUUCUGCUGCCACUUCACAUGGUAGUAGUAGUGAUUGGAGUGUUGACAAUAUAUCAGUGCAGCAUGUGCAUCGCAGUGUGGACAGCAUGAAUAACACUAUUUCGACUACAAUACAAAAUAUAGUGACGAAUAUGACGAUAGCAGCCGCUGGCAAUGCGUCCGAACAUAUGACUGUGGGUUGUACACGCACCAAUAUUAUGGGCGCUUUGGUGCAAGAGGUAGCGCCAUUCCUAUUCCCUUGUACAAUCGAAUAUUCGCUCAUUUGUGCUGUGAUUCUCUAUGAAAUGUGGAAGACUGUACGUUCCAUAACGGAUAUUGAUCGUUCCAGAAAGAGCUCCAUCAAACCGUCACAUCACAAGCAAGCAAAUCAUUUCUCAGUCGAUUGUUCACAGUCGCAUAAGGGUCUUUUCUUUGGCAUACUUAUGAUUGUAAUGACGAUUAUAUCGAUGAUCAUGUACUUUGUACUGUAUACACAACCUGGUUAUGAAAUGAUAGCUACGCAAGAGGUCACCAUUUGGGAAAUCAUUACAUACUUCAUUUGUACGGCUGCUAUAAUUUCCGGUCUUAUACUGAUACGCGAUCUCAAAUAUGUGCAAAACUCCAGCGAUGACCACCAUUCAAUGGAACUGGAUAAUCAUUUACUGAUUGUGGCGCAAACGGGCGUUUAUCUCUAUGGCAUGUUCAGUAUUUUAGGCAGCUACUUCUCCAAAUGGGACACGGUGCCGGAUCGUAUAGAAGGCAUUGUUGCUGAAAUUCUCGGUUUGGCGGAAACCUCGUUGCAGACCAUGUUUAUCUUGCACGCCAGUCAUCGCCGUUGUAAAGGUGCAAAACAGGCACGCCGUAAACCAGGUCGAGAGAUCGUUACAUUUUUACUAAUAGUAAAUAUUGCCAUUUGGUUCAUCAACACACUGAUUAAGGGUCGUGCCGUUUUUCGUGAAACGAAUCUCGUAUUCUUUGGUGUAUGGGGUUGGACUAUUAUCACACAUAUCUCUAUGCCGUUGGCUAUAUUUUAUCGUUUUCAUUCGACAAUAUGUCUUUUCGAAGUUUGGAAAAUCACUUACAAAGCCAAGGCCCAUUGAAAAAAAA